CUCCCCAGGGGCGGGGCGAGCGGUCCCCAAGAUGGCGGCCAGCCGCUACCGGCGCUUCCUUAAGCUCUGUGAGGAAUGGCCAGUGGACGAGAGCAAACGGGGCCGGGACUUGGGCGUUUACCUGCGGCAGCGGGUAGCCCAGGCCUUUCGGGAGGGAGAGAACACACAGAUUGCAGAACCUGAGGCCUGUGAUCAGAUGUAUGAGAGCUUAGCACGACUCCAUUCAAACUACUACAAACACAAGUACCCUCGCCCCAGAGACACCAGCUUCAGCGGCCUGUCCUUGGAAGAAUACAAGCUGAUCCUGUCCACAGACACCUUGGAUGAGUUUCAGGAGAUGGAUAAAAGCGUGUGGAAGAGACUACAGGAGAAGCUUGUCCCCAAGAGACCUGAGGAGAAGCACAAAGCCUGGGCUCAGGUCUUAUCUCGCCCGCGUACCUGAGGCCGGAGUCUCCUGCCUGCUGUCAAUAAAGCCCCAACUUCCACCUCC